AUGGCAAUGUAUUGUUAUUCACUGUACACAAGGAAACUGAAGUGUUUUGCCAUUCACAGGGUCUCUGCAGGCAGCUACUAUGAUGUUGGUUAUGAAGGAUCUGAGGACUUUACAUCCAGUAUUUACUGUUCUUGUUCUGAGGGAGGAGAAAAGUUGUGCGGAUAUUCCCAGAACAUUGAUGAGUGUAGUAUUUCAACAGGUGUGGAAUACACUCAAGAACUACUGAAGGAUCAGCGGGACCAGUCCUUAUCACAGUUUACAGGCAGGCGUAAAAGGCAAACAACAGGGUUCAAGUAUGACCCGAAUUACCAUGACUCACAAGUUUUAGUGACCCCAAUCCAUGACUCACAAACUGCAACUUGGCCAACUGCAAGUGGCACAACAGAAGAACAAGCCCGCACCCUAUGUACCAACAAAGUCAGAUCAGCUCAGUUGGAGUGUGCAAACUUUGAUCCCCAAAACUACACUGUAGAAAUACAAAAGUGUGUCCAAGAUAUCAAGCUGACUGACAACCAGGAUUGGUCAGAAUCUGCUCUACAGGAUGUACAGACAAGAUGCCUGAGUUCUGUUUCCAGGAAUGCUGGAGCCUGGGAGCAGCAGAACAACACAGCCAUACUUCCACGUCAGGUCGUGAAAACCCUCUGUCCUGGUUACUGCACGGGCAAUGGCACAUGUGAUGACACACGUAAAUGUGUAUGUAAUACCGAGGUCCAGACUCUCUAUCAACAUGGCACAAAGUAA